AUGGCCGCCGGCCUCUCCGCCGAACAGCUCGCGUCGUUCCGCCGCAACGGCUACCUCGUCAUCCGCCAGGCGCUCCGCCCGGCCACCGUGGCCCGCCUGCUCGCCGAGACGCGCUCGCUCCUGUCGUCCGUCCCGCUCGACGACCACCCGCUCACGCGCUUCGCCACCGGCCAGGGCCGCGCGGCCGAGCACGUCGGCGACGAGUACUUCCUCGGCUCGGGCGACAAGGUGCGCUUCUUCUUCGAGGAGGACGCCUUCGACGCCGCGGGCCGGCUGGCGCGCCCCGCCGCCGCGGCCGUCAACAAGAUCGGCCACGGGCUGCACGCCGCCUGCCCGGCCUUCCGGGCGCUGCUGCGCCCCGACGACGACGACGACGACGGCGACGGCGACGGCGAGGCGGGGGCGGAGGUGUCGCCCGCGGCGGUGGCGCGCGCCCUGGGCUACGCCGACCCGCGCUGCCUGCAGAGCAUGGUCAUCUGCAAGCAGCCGGGGAUCGGGGGCGCCGUGCCCGCGCACCAGGACUCGUCGUUUCUGUUCACCGACCCGCCGUCCGCGACGGGCUUCUGGUACGCCCUGGAGGACGCGACCCUCGAGAACGGCUGCCUGAGCGUGCUGCCGGGGAGCCAUGGCUGGGCCCCCGUGCGGAAGAGGCUGGUGCGCAGGGCCGGCGCGCCCGGCACGGAAAUGGUGGAUAAUCCGGGCGCCAGGUUUCCCGGCGGCGGCGACGGGCAGCCGCCGCCGCCGCCGCCGCCGCCCGAGGGGGGGGAGCCCGAGUACGUGCCGGCCGAGGUGGAGGCGGGUGACUUGGUGCUGAUCCACGGCAACCUGCUGCACAAGAGCGAGCGCAACACCAGCGACAAGGGCCGCAUCAUAUACACGUUUCACAUCAUCGAGGCCGAGGGCACCGAGUACGACGAGCGCAACUGGCUGCAGCCGCCGGAAGGAGGCUUCACCAAGCUGUACACUUAG